AUGCAGAAUAAGGGGAAGCCUGCGUUUGAGACUUUUUCCGAGGCUAUCAAGCUGGAUCCUCAGAAUGCUUGUGCUCACAUGCAUUGCGGUAUUCUGCACAAAGACGAGGGUCGCCUAGUGGAGGCUGCCGAGUCAUAUCAGAAGGCUUUACAAGUGGAUCCUUCAUACAAAGCAGCUGCUGAAUGCCUUGCCAUUGUUUUAACAGAUAUUGGUACCAACACAAAGCUUGCAGGGAACACUCAGGAUGGAAUUCAAAAAUAUUUUGAAGCCCUCAAAGUAGAUCCGCACUAUGCUCCUGCAUACUAUAAUCUUGGUGUGGUCUAUUCUGAAAUGAUGCAAUAUGACAUGGCCCUCAAUUUCUAUGAAAAGGCUGCAUUAGAGAGGCCCAUGUAUGCUGAAGCAUAUUGCAAUAUGGGUGUGAUCUUUAAAAAUCGUGGUGAUUUGGAAUCGGCUAUUACUUGUUAUGAGAGGUACUCUAUAAUAUCUUUAGCCUUGUCUUCUUUUUCUGAGUGAAGU